UUUUCCCGCGGUUGGACGCGGCGCUAGGUUGCCGGGCGGGGGAGGGCUUGUCCGGUUUUUCUCAGGGGACGUUCAAAUUAUUUUUGUAACGGGAGUCUGGAGAGGACGGGGCGUGACCCGACGUGCGCGCGUCCUCCGUCCCGGGUCCUCCUCGCCGCUCGCUGGCUCCUGCUCGGGCAGGGCGUCAUGCCACCCAAAACCCACCGGAGAGCAGCCGCCGCGUCCGCUGCCGCACCCCCGGCGCCGCCGCCGCCCCCUCCUGAGGAGGACCCCGACCAGGACAGUGGCUCCGAGGACCUGCCUCUGGCCAGGCUUGAGUUUGAAGAAACUGAAGAGCCUGAUUUUACUGCAUUAUGUCAGAAAUUAAAGAUACCAGAUCAUGUCAGAGAAAGAGCUUGGUUAACUUGGGAGAAAGUUUCAUCUGUGGAUGGAGUAUUGGAAGGUUAUAUUCAAAAGAAAAAGGAACUAUGGGGCAUCUGUAUCUUUAUUGCAGCAGUUGACCUAGAUGAGAUGCCAUUCACUUUUACUGAGCUACAGAAAAACAUAGAAACCAGUGUCUAUAAAUUCUUUGACUUACUAAAAGAAAUUGAUACCAGUACCAAAGUUGAUAAUGCUAUGUCAAGACUAUUGAAGAAGUAUAAUGUAUUGUGUGCACUCUACAGCAAAUUAGAAAGGACAUGUGAACUUAUAUAUUUGACCCAACCAAGCAGUUUGAUAUCUACUGAAAUCAAUUCUAUGUUGGUGCUAAAAGUUUCUUGGAUCACAUUUUUACUAGCUAAAGGGGAAGUAUUACAAAUGGAAGAUGAUCUGGUGAUCUCAUUUCAAUUAAUGCUAUGUGUUCUUGACUAUUUUAUCAAACUUUCACCUCCUGCAUUGCUCAAAGAACCAUAUAAAACAGCUGUAAUACCUCUUAAUGGUUCACCUCGAACACCAAGGCGAGGUCAGAACAGGAGUGCACGGAUAGCAAAACAACUAGAAAAUGAUACAAGAAUUAUUGAAGUUCUCUGUAAAGAACAUGAAUGUAAUAUAGAUGAGGUGAAAAAUGUUUAUUUCAAAAAUUUUAUACCUUUUAUGAAUUCUCUUGGAAUUAUAGCUUCUAAUGGACUUCCAGAGGUGGAAAGUCUCUCUAAACAAUAUGAAGAAAUUUACCUUAAAAACAAAGAUCUAGAUGCAAGAUUAUUUCUGGAUCAUGAUAAAACUCUUCAGGCUGAUUCUACAGACAGUUUUGAAAUGCAGAGAACACCACAAAAAAAUAACCCUGAUGAAGAGCUGAAUGUGAUUCUUCAACAGACUCCAGUUAGGACUGUUAUGAAUACUAUCCAACAAUUAAUGAUGAUCUUAAAUUCAGCAAGCGAUCAACCAUCAGAAAAUCUGAUUUCCUAUUUUAAUAACUGUACAGUGAAUCCGAAGGAAAGUAUCCUGAAGAGAGUGAAGGAUAUUGGAUAUAUCUUUAAAGAGAAAUUUGCUAAAGCUGUGGGACAGGGAUGUAUAGAAAUUGGGUCACAGCGAUACAAACUUGGAGUUCGAUUGUAUUACCGAGUAAUGGAAUCCAUGCUUAAAUCAGAAGAAGAACGAUUAUCCAUUCAAAAUUUUAGCAAACUCCUGAAUGACAACAUCUUUCAUAUGUCUUUGUUGGCAUGCGCUCUUGAGGUUGUAAUGGCUACAUAUAGCAGAAGUACAUCUCAGAAUCUUGAUACUGGAACAGAUUUGUCCUUCCCAUGGAUUCUGAAUGUACUUAAUUUAAAAGCCUUUGAUUUUUACAAAGUGAUUGAAAGUUUUAUCAAAGCAGAAGCCAACUUGACCAGAGAUAUGAUAAAACAUUUAGAACGAUGUGAACAUCGAAUCAUGGAAUCCCUUGCAUGGCUCUCAGAUUCACCUUUAUUUGAUCUUAUUAAACAAGCAAAGGACCGAGAAGGACCAACUGAUCACCUUGAACCUGCUUGUACUCUCAACCUUCCUCUCCAGAAUAAUCACACUGCAGCAGACAUGUACCUUUCUCCUGUAAAAUCCCCAAAGAAAAAAGGGUCAACUCCACGUGUAACUUCUACUGCAAAUGCGGAGGCACAAGCAACGUCAGCCUUCCAGACUCAGAAGCCAUUGAAAUCUACCUCCCUUUCACUCUUUUACAAAAAAGUAUACCGACUAGCAUAUCUUCGACUAAAUACCCUGUGUGAGCGGCUUCUGUCUGACCACCCAGAACUAGAACACAUCAUCUGGACCCUUUUCCAGCACACAUUGCAAAAUGAGUAUGAACUUAUGAGAGACAGGCAUUUGGACCAGAUUAUGAUGUGUUCCAUGUAUGGCAUAUGUAAAGUGAAGAAUAUAGACCUUAAAUUCAAAAUCAUUGUAACAGCUUACAAAGAUCUUCCUCAUGCUGUUCAAGAGACAUUCAAACGGGUUUUGAUCAGAGAAGAGGAGUAUGAUUCUAUUAUAGUAUUCUAUAACUCGGUCUUCAUGCAGAGACUGAAAACAAAUAUUUUGCAAUAUGCUUCCACCAGGCCCCCUACCUUGUCACCAAUACCUCACAUUCCUCAAAGCCCUUACAAGUUUCCUAGUUCACCUUUACGGAUUCCUGGGGGGAACAUCUAUAUAUCACCCCUGAAGAACCCAUAUAAAAUUUCAGAAGGUCUGCCAACGCCAACAAAAAUGACUCCAAGAUCAAGAAUCUUAGUAUCAAUUGGUGAAUCAUUUGGGACAUCUGAAAAGUUCCAGAAAAUAAAUCAGAUGGUGUGUAACAGCGACCGUGUGCUCAAAAGAAGUGCCGAAGGAAGCAACCCUCCUAAACCACUGAAGAAACUACGCUUCGAUAUUGAAGGAUCAGAUGAAGCAGAUGGAAGUAAACAUCUCCCAGGGGAAUCCAAGUUUCAAAAGAAACUGGCAGAAAUGACAUCUACUCGAACACGAAUGCAGAAGCAGAAAAUGAAUGACAGCAUGCUUCUCUCAAACAGGGAAGAAAACUAAGGCUUUCAUGACCAUGGUGGGUACUGUGUUCACCUCUGGUCUCCUGUCUCUCACAGAUCUGACUGUGUAACUCUCCCAGGUUCUGUUUACGGCCACAUUUAUACAUAGCUUCAGCUCUUUCUGUGGAUAUAAAGUGUGCAGGUGCGCACUGAGUGUUUGUGCAGGCAAUUCCUAAGCCACUUGCAAUGCUGUAGUCAAUAGAGAAUAUAUUGUUAUUGUACAAGAUUGAAAAUCUUGUGUAAAACCUGUCAUUUAAAAAGUUGUAGCAGAUGUUUCUGUUUCCAAAGGAUGCCUGGGAGCGGGAGUCCCAACAACCCAUGACUAGCUGAGUACUUUGUCUUCUCUUGUGGCAUGUAUGUGAUGUUUGCUAUUAUUUUUAUUAAUUUAUAUUUAUAUUUUUUUUAAUUUAACAUGAACACCCUUAGAAAAUAUGUCUUGUCUUCCAAAUGCAAUUUGGCUGACUGCCCCCCAUUCACCCAAAUGAUCCUGAAUUCUUCUGCUAAACAGAUAUUAGAAACUAGAAAAAAAUUACUAAUUUUUACACAUUAAGAUUUUAGUUUACUAAUGGAAUCUGAUGUACUGUGUGCUUGUUUUAUAAAUUUUAGCUUUUAAAUACAAGCAGAAAGCAAAGUAUAAACAUAAGAUAUUGUCAGACUACUGAUACAGAUUUCGUACCUCAGGACUUCUAAGAAUUUAUUGAUUCUUUUUUUCAUCUAACUCAUGCUCUAAAAUUGGGGUCAUUAAUAAUAGUACUCUUGGUUUUUAUACCAUACAGAUCACUGAAUUCAUAAAGUGCCCAUUUAGUACUUGGAAAAUAAAGUGUUCAACUAGAGCUUUGCUGUAGAGGACCCUAACAGAGUAUAAUCCCAAGUGCACUUUCUAAUGUUUCUGGGUCCUGAAGAAUCAAGAUUCAAAAUCAUAUUACUCCAUUAAACAGACUGUUAACUAUAGGAGCCUUAAUUGUUUUCUUAGAGAUUUGUCUAAUUGCAUCUCAGCAAUUAUUCUGCCCUCCUAAAUUUGGGAAGGGGUGUAUGUUCUCUGGAAUGGUACAUGUCUUCCAUGUAUCUUUUGAACUGGCAAUUGUCUAUUUAUCUCUUUUUUUUUUUUUUUUAAGUCAGAAUGGUCUAACACUGGCACAUUCACAGCCACAUUAUUUCUAGUUCAAAAUUGCAAGUACUUAUUCAAAGGUCUUUGGGUUAGGCAUUAAUGUUUCUGAUUUUGUGCAAAAAUUUCAAAUUAAAAUAGCUAUAGCAGUAGAAGAGGUGCUUUCCCUCCUGGCACCUAACGGUGUAUUUAAACUCUUGUGUGAUUAACUUAUUUAGAGAUGGUAUAAUUUAAAAUAGAUGGUAUUUAAGGUAGUAUCAGCUAGGUUUUAGGAAAAUCACAUUGUCUGAACUCAGAGUUCUUUUUAAAAAGAAAUCUGGUCUUAUUUUUAGAAAAAAAAAUUUUAUUUUGUGCCCAAUUAAGUUCCAAACUUGUGUUUUUGACAGUUUUCAUGAUAACAAAGGCACUAGAAUGCUUUAUCCCAUUUCCUCAUUAAUUUUUGCAUGAAUAUCAUACAAAUCAGUUAGCUUUUAGGUCAAGGGCUUACUAUUUUGUGGGUGUUUUGCUAAGAAGUUCCCAUUAGAAUUAGUGCCAGAAUUUUAGGAACUACAGAGAUUGUGUAUUGAGAUUUCUUAAAUAAGGCUUCAGAUACUGCUUUAUUGCUUUUUUGUAUUGGUUAAAACUGUAUAUUUAAUAUUGCUAUGUUGCUAUUUUCUACAAUUAAUAGUUUGUCUAUUUUAAAAUAAAUUAGUUGUUAAGAGUC